AUGGACCCGCAGACAUUCAACGGUCCGCUGCAGGGCCAAAGCGUCGUCGCUGGCAUGCGCGUAUCGGGCGGGACGGCGAAUGUCCACUUCCACCACUCCUCCGACCGCACACAGGACGCACGUGUGCGAAUCUUGCCCUUCUCCCGUAACGAGGACGUUGUCAUCCGUCCCAGCAUCUUCUCGCAGCUUGAUAAGCUGCUACCCCCCUCCGAAUCCCGCAGCGCUGCUCUUUGGGGACUCGGCGGAUCUGGGAAAACGCAGGUCGCCCUCGAGUUUGCCUACCGACGCACCGACAUCGGCAUCGAACGACGAAGAGCUGCUGAAGGCAGUGUGUCACUUCAUUGA